GCCCCUGGAGAGGGAAGGUUAGCAGACCCACUUCCGCCUGAGGGAGGAGGGACUGGAACGUGGGACACUAGGGUCCCUGGAGGGGGACAGUGAUGGUAACCAAUGGGCUGUGGUAGAAUCCCAGAAUCAAGAAACAGGGCAGACUCAGCCCUACCCAGAUCUCCUCCCCCAGGCUUGGUCUCCUCACAGGACGCCCCCUCCCCGCUCUUCCUGCCGGGUUUCCUCUGGCCUUUUCCUGUCCCCCACCCAGUGCUGGAAGCUGGGGCAGAGGCAAAGACCUUUACAGGAGCAGAGGAGUCGGGAAUUAACCGAGGCCAGCGGAGCCAGGGCCUCCGGGUGCUGCUGGACCCGAAGCAGGGGCCAUGCUAUCUGGUGAACGCAAGGAGGGCGGAAGCCCCCGCUUCGGGAAACUCCAUCUCCCUGUGGGCCUGUGGAUCAAUUCCCCCAGGAAACAGCUGGCCAAGCUGGGGCGGCGCUGGCCCAGCGCUGCCUCUGUCAAGUCUUCGUCUUCCGACACGGGGAGCCGCAGCAGCGAGCCGCUGCCCCCGCCCCCUCCGCACGUGGAGCUGCGGCGGGUGGGCGCGGUGAAGGCCGCGGGGGGCGCCUCGGGGAGCCGCGCCAAGCGCAUCUCGCAGCUCUUCCGGGGUUCCGGGACCGGGGCGACGGGGUCUGGGGGUGCUGGAGGUCCCGGGACCCCCGGGGCCGCGCAGCGCUGGGCCAGCGAGAAGAAGCUACCGGAGCUGGCGGCGGGCGUCGCCCCAGAGCCGCCCCUGGCCACGCGCGCCACGGCGCCCCCGGGGGUGCUCAAGAUCUUCGGCGCGGGGCUGGCAUCCGGUGCCAACUACAAGAGCGUGCUGGCCACGGCGCGGUCCACGGCGCGCGAGCUGGUGGCAGAGGCGCUGGAGCGCUACGGGCUGGCCAGCAGCCCCGGCACCGGCCCGGGCGACGCCAGCUGCGUGGACGCCUUCGCGCUGUGCGACGCGCUCGGCCGGCCGGCGACGGCCGGCGUCGGGGCCGGCGAGUGGCGGGCGGAGCACCUGCGCGUGCUGGGCGACUCGGAGCGCCCCCUGCUGGUGCAGGAGCUGUGGCGAGCGCGGCCCGGCUGGGCGCGGCGCUUCGAGCUGCGCGGCCGGGAAGAGGCGCGCCGCUUGGAGCAGGAGGCCUUCGGGGCUGCGGACGGCGACGGCACGGGCGCCCCCUCGUGGCGACCACAGAAGAACCGCUCCCGGGCAGCGUCCGGCGGGGCGGCUCUGGCCAGUCCUGGUCCCGGGUCCGGAUCGGGGCCCCCGUCCGGGUCGGGCGGCAAGGAGCGCUCGGAAAACUUAUCCCUGCGACGCAGCGUGUCGGAGCUCAGCCUGCAGGGCCGGCGGCGACGGCAGCAGGAACGCAGACAGCAGGCGCUCAGCAUGGCUCCAGGGGCAGCCGACCCCCAGAUCGGACCUGUGGACCCUGGAGACUUUGAUCAGUUGACUCAAUGCCUCAUCCAGGCCCCCAACAACCGCCCCUAUUUCCUGCUGCUCCAGGGUUACCAGGACGCCCAGUUCCGGCCUCGCGAGGAGGAGGCGCUGCUAGGUGAAGUGGUGCGCGCAGCGGCGUCCGGCGCCGGGGACCUGCCGCCCCUCGGGCCCGCCACGCUGCUGGCGCUGUGCGUGCAACACUCGGCCCGGGAGCUGGAGCUCGGCCACCUGCCACGCCUACUGGGCCGCCUGGCCAGGCUCAUCAAGGAGGCUGUCUGGGAAAAGAUUAAGGAAAUUGGAGACCGUCAGCCAGAGAACCAUCCUGAAGGGGUCCCGGAAGUGCCUCUGACUCCUGAAGCCGUGUCUGUGGAGUUGCGGCCACUCAUGCUGUGGAUGGCCAACACCACAGAGCUGCUGAGCUUUGUACAAGAGAAGGUGCUGGAAAUGGAGAAGGAGGCUGAUCAGGAGGGCCUGUCCUCAGACCCACAGCUCUGCAAUGACUUGGAAUUGUGUGAUGAGGCCAUGGCCCUUUUGGAUGAGGUCAUCAUGUGUACCUUCCAGCAGUCAGUCUACUACCUCACCAAGACUCUUUAUUCCACACUGCCUGCUCUCCUGGACAGUAACCCUUUCACAGCUGGGGCAGAGCUACCUGGUCCUGGUGCAGAGUUGGAGGCCAUGCCUCCUGGCCUGAGACCCACCCUGGGUGUGUUCCAAGCAGCUCUGGAGUUGACCAGCCAGUGUGAGCUGCACCCGGACCUUGUGUCUCAGACAUUCGGCUACUUGUUCUUCUUCUCCAAUGCAUCCCUUCUCAACUCACUGAUGGAACGAGGUCAGAGCCGACCUUUCUACCAGUGGUCCCGAGCUGUCCAAAUCAGAACCAACUUGGAUCUUGUCUUGGACUGGCUACAAGGAGCUGGACUAGGUGACAUUGCCGCUGAAUUCUUCAGGAAACUCUCCAUUGCUGUGAACCUGCUCUGUGUGCCCCGCACCUCCCUGCUCAAGGCUUCUUGGAGCAGUCUGAGAACUGACUAUCCAACUCUGACCCCUGCUCAGCUCCACCAUCUGCUUAGCCACUACCAGCUGGGUCCUGGCCGCGGGCCUCCACCCUCCUGGGACCCUCCCCCUGCCGAGAGAGAUGCUGUGGAUACGGGAGACAUUUUCGAAAGCUUCUCCUCGCACCCGCCCCUCAUCCUGCCCCUGGGCAGCUCGCGUCUGCGCCUCACCGGUCCAGUGACAGAUGACGCCCUGCAUCGUGAACUGCGCAGGCUCCGUCGCCUUCUCUGGGACCUUGAGCAGCAGGAGCUUCCAGCCAAUCACCGCCACGGGCCUCCGGUGGCCACGCCUCCUUGAAAACCAAUAAUACGCGAGCGUGCGAACCUUGAAAGGAAAAAGGAAAGAUUCUUUGGGCUCUUACUCCUUUGGAGCCCCGCCUGGUCGCAGAGGUUUCUGGGAGUUGUAGUUCUUGCCUCCCGCGUGGACCACUGGGAGUUGGAGUUUUCGGGUAGUAGAGGAUGGGACUGCGGGAAGAUGGGCUUGAGAUGUCAGCCGCGCCGAGGAGCAA